AUGCCCAAGCUGUCCAUUGAGAUACUUACUCGUCAAGUUGUUCCGUGGUUUGCUACAAAGAACACAAGACUAGCAACGACAUGCCAAAGUACCGUCACACACGCUCAUGAUCUGCAAACAGAUACGUCCACUCGAGACGAGGCUGCCUCAACGACUUCCGAUUCAAAACUUAAACGAUUGACCUCGGUCUCAUGGCCACCAGAACCUGACCCCUCUAUAUUCACCGACCCCCUUAGACGAGACGAUCCCAAACCAUUACGUCGAGAAGAGCUUAUGCGAAUAGAUCUUCGACAUCUCCUAUCUACCACUACUCUCCCUCGUAUACUACGAAUAGUCGAUUCACUACCUUCUCCCCAUGCCAGAUCGAAUGCUCUCACGAGACUACUAGGAGUAGAUGACGUAUCACUGUCCAAACCAGGUCGAGCGACUCUUGUGUCUCAACGAGAUUCCCCUCCUCCACUAGAGACUUUAUUAUCAGCUCUUGCUGGGAAUGCAACGGAGGAGACCGACACCGAUAUGGAUCAAGUGGGCUGGUGGCUAGUUCAGGAGGGAACAGAAGGAGGACGUGUGUGGAUAGGUGCGGAAGAGAGGAGAUUGAUGAGAAUAUGGGCGGGUGUGGUGUGUAAAGCUAUCGAUGGGGAUGAAAAGGGGGAGGUUGAAUGGGGAAGAGGAGACCUUGGUUGGGAGGUGUGA